AGCAAACCUUCUUGUUACAUUUCCUUGGGACUUCUGGAAGCUCUGUCUGAAGUCCCCUGCCCUGAAUCUCUGGAUCACCUGAACAGACAGCGUACUCGACCCAGCUCAGCAGAUGAAGAAUAGGAAACCCAUUCGAGAUAAGAAAUCAUGACGAUGCAGGUAGAACCGAAUGAUACACAUGAAUUAGCUCUGGAAGUGAACCCUUCUGCCCAGCCUUUGGAGGAUGAAGCCUGCAAGGAGCUACCUGUCAAGGAGAAAACCCCGUGCUGCACCAAGUUGAAGAUCUUCCUUGCUGCCCUGUGCUUUUCCUACUUCUGUAAGGCAUUUUCUGGGGCCACCAUGAAAAGUUCAUUCACACAACUGGAACGGAGAUUUGGCCUUUCAUCUUCUACCACUGGCUUUGUGGAUGGAGGCUUUGAACUGGGCAAUCUGUUAGUGAUAGUCUUUGUGAGUUACUACGGGGCAAAAUUUCAUCGGCCCCGCAUCAUUGCUAUUGGUUCUUGUGUCAUGUCUCUGGGGAGCUUCUUAAUAGCAAUGCCUCACUUCUUCAUGGGCUAUUAUAAAUAUGAGACAAUAGUCCGUUCAUCAGACAACAUAACAUUCGAUGUCACUCCCUGCUCAAGAAAUCACACUGUUGCAGGAUUAGAAGGGAUUCCAGGUUCAGACUGUGAAAAGGAAACUUCUUCCAAUGCGUGGAUUUAUGUCUUACUGGGGAAUAUGUUACGUGGAAUUGGUGAAACUCCAAUAACCCCACUGGGUAUUUCUUACCUUGAUGAUUUUGCUAAAGAAGAUGAUUCACCUUUUUAUAUAGGCAUUCUGCACACCGUGGCAAUGUUUGGCCCGAUGGUCGGCUUUCUCUUGGGGUCUUUGUUCGCCAGACUGUAUGUGGACAUUGGCUUUGUAGAUAUGGAUACAAUCAAUAUAACCCUGACUGAUUCCCGCUGGGUCGGCGCCUGGUGGCUGGGCUUUAUAGUAGCUGGUAUCAUCAACCUGAUUUCUGCCAUUCCCUUCUUCUUCAUGCCUAAAAGUCUGAAUGAGGAAGAUGAGUCCGAUCUUAAGCAAAAGUCCCCAGAUGCUGCGAAACAGAACGGUGAUGGACAUCAGGUACCCAGAUCUCAGGAAGCUGUAAAGUUGCAUUCAGGUUUGAAAGAUUUCUUUAAGUCCCUGAAAAGACUAUUGACCAAUGGAAUGUAUGUUGUAAUGUUGUGUGUUACACUGCUGCAGUUCAGUAGCUUCUUUGGUUAUCUGACAUACAGUCCAAAAUAUAUGGAGCAGCAGUACGGUCAGUCAGCCUCCAGGUCUAAUUUUGUAACAGGUUUGAUCAUCUUACCAGCUGUGAGUGUUGGCAUUCUUCUAGGAGGGUUCAUCAUAAAAAAAUACAAAUUAGGCCUGAUAGGUAUUACAAAAUUGGCUUUUGGAGCAUCUUUUGUUGCCUUCCUCAUUUCACUUUUAUAUGUGGUGAUGGGAUGCGAGAAUCGCACAGUGGCUGGAUUAACAGUGUCCUAUGAAGGACAACCGGUCCCAUGGCAUGCCAGUUCCUUAUCUUCCACCUGCAACUUUGACUGCAACUGUGCUGCAAACCAGUGGGAUCCAGUCUGUGGAGAGGAUGGAAUCACUUAUGUUUCAGCCUGUUUUGCUGGAUGCAAAAACUUAACGAGAUCUGGGAAAAAUACAGUUUUUCAUAAUUGUAGCUGCCUUGAAAAUUCGGGUUUCAUGAGGAGAAAUCUCACAGCUGUCUUGGGAGAAUGUCCAAGAAGUGAUGCGUGUUCGAGGAAUUUUAUAUAUUUCAUAGUAAUAAAACUAAUAAGUUCCUUUAUCUAUUCAUUGGGAGGGACAUCUUUUUAUAUGAUCGUGAUAAGAUGCAUUGACAAAGAUCUGAAAUCCCUUGCUGUUGGUGUCUUUAUGCUUGUUGUGAGAGCUCUGGCUGGAAUUCCAGCCCCAGCUUAUUUUGGAGCAGCAAUAGACAGGACCUGCUUGAAGUGGGCACGAACCAGUUGCGGAAAGCAAGGAGCAUGCAGACUGUAUGAUGCUACAGCAAUCAGAUAUACCUUUUGGGGCCUUUGCUUUGGCCUAAGAGGACCAUCCUAUCUGCUGGCACUGUUGUUUUUCAGGCUUGUAAAGAAAAAAUUUGGUAGAAAAGAGGCCGACGCCACUGAAAACCAAAGGCAAGAAGACGGCAACUUGAAUGAAGACACAAAACCACAUGACACUAAUUCUGUGGCAGCUUCUUUAGAGGCAGACAAAGAGACUUCCAUGUAGAGAAAACAACCGGCAUGAAGGAAUCAGACUAUUGUAUGUCGCUCAUGGGAGCAUCUGAAUCUUGUCAAAGUUUUUUGUGGCCCUGUCAAGCCCUGGAUCUGUAGACAAUCACCAGACUUUAGAUUUCAAAUCAAAAGCCUUUAUUGACAGACAUUGGAUAAAGAAGCCAGAUAUGUCUUUGGGUACAGCCUUGUAUCCCCUGAGUUCUCCCACUGCCUCUUUCUCACCCCAUAUCAAAGGCAGAGUGAAACAGGACAGGAAUACUAUAGCUGUUUCUUUCUCAAGGUCAGCAUGAAAAGAUAAAGUCAGGGGCUGGCGUUUGGGGCACCUGUAGUUCGCUGCAUGUUGCAGAUGAAGGGAAGGUGGGAAACUGAAAGUAAAGUGGAUGCCCAUUAACAUAACAGAGUCCUCUUUGAUAUCCAGAAUGCUUUUCCUGACAUUCCGCCCCUUCUAAGGCUCCCCUCCCCCUUUUGGUCGUUCCGGGUAGGCUAGCUGAAAACAAUCUGAGGCACCCGAACAUGGAGGGCAUCCACCCACUCAUUGUGCGCAGCUGGGAGACUACUCCAAUAUUCGAGAUACUGCAGGUGGUUUUGGUGGAUUCGGGAGUCCAGGAUUGCGUCUACUUCCUGAUGGAUUUCGCCCCCAAUCCUAGUAGGAAGGGGAGGCUCGUGCUGUGGGUGCCACAUGUCUGGUGGGGUUGCCUUCUUCAGCAAGCUCCAAUGAAACACAGGGUGCAUCUUUCUCAAGCUCUUUGGUAGAUUUAGUUCCAUGGUUACUGUAUUGAUUUUGUGUACAAUUUAAAACGGCCCCAUGAAUUUUCUCUUUCACAUGUACUGUUGUCAAGCCA